CCUUCUUCACUCAUCAGUUCUCUGCAAAUCAACAGAACCUUCUUAUCUCUUUCAUGGCGUUUUCUUCCUCUUCGUCUUUAAUCGCUCUUGCAUUGCUUCUUUCACUGUCUGUUUCCUCUGUGACUUCAACUUCGAAGUUUGAUGAGCUGUUUCAGCCUUACUGGGCUGCUGAUCAUUUCUCGUUUGAUGGAGAUGCGGUGAACAUGAAGCUUGAUAACUUUUCCGGAGCUGGAUUUUCAUCCAAGUCGAAGUACAUGUUUGGCAAAGUAAAUGUUCAGAUCAAGCUUGUUGAAGGUGAUUCCGCCGGAACAGUCACUGCAUUCUACAUGUCAUCAGAUGGCCCGAAACACCACGAGUUUGAUUUCGAGUUCCUGGGGAACACCACCGGAGAACCUUACAUUGUUCAGACGAAUGUAUACGUCAAUGGCGUCGGCAACCGUGAACAGAGGUUGAAUCUCUGGUUCGAUCCAACCAAAGACUUCCAUACUUACUCAAUCCUCUGGAACCAGCGCCAAGUUGUGUUUUUGGUUGAUGAAACACCGAUUAGAGUGCACAGUAAUUUGGAGCACAAGGGUAUCCCGUUCCCUAAAGACCAAGCGAUGGGUGUGUACAGCUCAAUUUGGAAUGCUGACGACUGGGCGACACAAGGUGGUCGGGUCAAAACCGACUGGACCCAUGCUCCGUUUGUCGCAUCCUACCGGUCAUUUGAGAUCAAUGGUUGUGAAUGUCCGGUGUCCACGGCGGAUUCCGAUAACGCAAAGCGGUGUGCUACCAGCGGCGGUUGGUGGGAUCAACCAAUAUUGUCGGAGUUGAAUGUGCAUCAAAGCCACCAGCUUAUUUGGGUGAGGGCGAACCAUAUGAUUUAUGACUACUGCAGUGACGCCGGCAGGUUUCCGUCGGUGCCGGUGGAAUGCGAGCACCACCGUCACUAGUGGGGAAGUGGGAUGGGGAUGAAAUGUUUGUAAAAAUGAAUGAAAACAUGAACUUCAUGUUGCAUAUUUUGUUAAUGUAAGGUUAUUAUUGACUUUUUAGGCAAUGUUAAUUUAUUUAUUUUCUACUAAGGAAAGUCACUUUCACAAAA